AUGAAAAAUUUGCUAAUUUUUGUCAUUUUCGGGCUAAUUUGUUCCGUUUCUGCGGUAUUUUCUCCUUAUAUCAUCGAUGGAGAAGGUGUUGGACCAACGGAUAUUCCUUUUGCAGUAGGAAUUAUGCUGCAUCGACCUCAGAAUCCUGGAUUUUGCGGAGGAACUUUGGUCUCUCGUAAUUAUGUGUUGACUGCUGCUUCAUGUUUGGUCAAUGUUCCUCGUGCCUCAGUAUUGCUCGGCGCAAGUAACAUCAAUAACGCAAGUGAUAUAAUUGACGCUGCUGAGUUAAUUCCUCAUCCAUUGUACGAUUCCGGUGCCGAUCGCAACGACAUUGGCUUGAUUAAACUCGUUCGUCCGGCAGAUUUGUCGGAUUUUGUGAAAGUUAUCGAUCUGCCGAAAUGGUCACAACGCAAAAAGAGCUUCAGUGAUGUUCCGGUUACGACUUUCGGAUGGGGAUCUCGGGGAAAACGCGGUGAAAAAGUUCCUGUUGAAACAUUGCAUGCUGUUAAGGAGACUGUCAUCAAAAAUUUGAGCUGCAAAACGAAAUAUCCCGCUUACAUUACGAGCAGCAACAUUUGCACGGGAAGUUCGGGAACACCAUGUACCGGAGAUGAAGGAGGCGCAAUGUACAUGAUUGACGAAGGCAAACCAGUAGCGAUUGGCGUUUUUAGUUAUCAAUUUUCCAUGGGAUGUACAUGGGGAUGGCCUCCAGUUUAUGCGAGAAUUACGUCGUAUUUGGAGUGGAUUCAAAGUAAUUCGGAUGUUGUUAUCAGAGAUUAA